AUCUCAGUUGGUGACCGGUCCAGUCGCAUCUGCGACGAAGCCCCAGCCCAGCCCAGCCCAGCCUAGCCCCAGCCCCCGAAAAGACCACAGGGGCUUGCGGCGUGCAAGUGUAAGUGUGUGAGUGUGUGAGAGGUGGGCACACAUUAAAGCACACAAAAGCGGACAGAUCACAAAACCCACAAUCCAUCUACCCCAAAAAAGAAAAAAAUAGAAAAGAAAAAUGGAAAAAGCCAUCCGGUGGUCCCCCACCUCCACGACAGGCGAACAACGCUUCCUCACCGUGGACGUGACGGGAAAAGCCUUCCGAUUGUGCAAGGUAACCUCAUAUGAGCGCGGCGGCCGUCUAGAGCAUGAAGAGCUAGCGACGCAUACGAAAGUGCCCGCGUUCCGGGCGUUCGAUUGGUCACCGGUGGAUGAAUCGUUGGUCGCGGUGGGCCAGUCAUCCGGGGAUGCGACGAUUCUGCGCAUGAAGAGCGAUAGUCAGGAAUCGUACUCGUUUCCGAUUCGACAUCAGCGGUACUGUAAUGCGGUUGCGUUUAGUACGCAUGGGUUGCUGGCUGCAGGACUGGACCGGGUGCGCAAUGACUUCUGUUUGAACAUCUGGGAUGUUAAUCAGAGGUUGGCGAGUAAGGCUGUGAAGGGGUUUGUGGAGCCGUUGAGGAAGUUGGCCAGUUCGGAACCGAUUACUAGUGUGAAGUUCUUUAGUGAUCAGCCGGAUACGUUGGUUACGGGAGUGAAGGGGCAGUUUGUGAGGAUCUAUGAUUUGAGAGAGGGACCUGGAAACCCGUCGCUGCAAUUUCCCACUCGCUGUGUGCAUAACAUUGCUAUUGACUGGCUCGAUGAGAAUUAUAUCGCGUCUUGUCAGCCUACUAAUGACCCGACUAUCUGUAUCUGGGAUCGGCGCAUUGGGUCGCGCUUCAUUACGCCGGCUGUUGGGCCGGCAAAUGCCCUGGAGACGAGCCAGCUGGGGCCGUCGCUGGAGUUCGGGAAUGUCAUUGCGCCCAAGUCGACUAUCUGGAGUUUGCGCUUCUCUAGGACCAAGAGGGGCUGCUUGGGUGUGCUAUCCAAUACGGGGCAUUUCAAAACCUACGACAUUGUCAAGGAGUAUCUGGACGAGGAGAUGCGCUCGUCCAUGGAUGAGACCCUGGGGCAGGGCGCGGCGAGGAACUACCCCGAGCAGAUCUACACCAAGCACGUCCGAGAUGUUGUUACGCCUUACAACCAUCCGUCUCGGGGGUACGAUGAGAAGGACAGGGUUGUGGCAUAUGACUUUCUCAAUAUGAGUCCGGGCAAUGAGCCCAGCGCCAUCACUAUUUCCGGCAAUGAUGAAGUGAAGAUUCUCACUGCGAAGCCUCCAGUGCCGCCCGUGCGGCUUUCGUCGCAGGGAACAUUGAUAUGGGGUACCACAGAUGAGGACUCUGAUUUCCGAGCGAUCAAUCCCCAGUCCAGUCACGGGUUGAGCAUUUCGGAGAUGGUGGAAGACCUCCGCGAACGAGCGACAUCUGAGUCGAAUGGGCAGGCUUCGCAGAAAGGACGCCGGGCCGUCAACCGGCCAGCGACACCUUUGUCGAGCCGUGAGGCUAGAGAACAUGCCUUGUCAUUGGGGACCUUGGGCGGUCGGCUGCCUGUGAAGGAUGCUCUGACUCUGUUGUCGGUGAACCGGUUUCGCUGCAAAGAAGGCUAUCUGUUUGACGAGGCACGGAACAAGAAAAUACUUGCUGAUGACCCGUGGCUGCAGGGCUUCUGGGAUUGGGUUGAACGCGCACGUUCCGACUCUAGUAACGAAUCUAUGAUUAUCAACGGGCUGGAUCUGAAUUACCUGGGCGUUUACGAUGUCUGGAACAAUGACUUAGGAGAGAGUCUCCAUGACCGACGAGUCGGCGGCAACCCGGCAUCCGACAUUCACGAAACCAUCGUGGAGCUGGUUCAGGAUCAACUCAAUCUCCCCGAGACGAAAGGCUGCGAGACUGAAUACCCCGAGCAUCGCCGGCUGUGCCUGCGACUGUGCGGCGCGGCGCAAUCGCACCGAGAGCUAGAAGAGAUGGUCAAGACAUUGUCUGCUGACAAGCAGCACACCAAGGCCGCUGCGCUGGCCAUGUUCCAAGACGAAGCGAAACUCGCGUAUCUGGCUCUGCGGAGCCACGAGCCCACCCAAGCUCACAAACUCCUCGCCAUGGCUAUUGCUGGAGCCGCGAAAGGCGACACCGACUCAGACUGGGAAGACACCUGCGCUGAAAUCGCUAAGGAGCUUACUGAUCCUUACGCGCGAGCGAUUCUUGCGCUCGUAAGCAAGGGCGACUGGCGUUCUGUCAUCCAGGAGACCACCCUUCCGCUCAGAUACCGGAUCGAGGUAGCGCUGCGCUGGCUGCCAGACGACGACCUGACGAGCUAUCUCCACGAAACCACUACCACUGCCAUUCAGCAAGGCGACAUUGAAGGUAUCCUCCUGACCGGACUCAACCACUCCGCCAUGGACCUAUUCCAAUCCUAUAUCAACAAGUACCACGACAUCCAAACGGCCGUACUAGCAAUGAGCCACACCGUUCCCCGCUUCAUCAGCACCUCACCCGACCGCGCACGCUUCGAAUCCUGGCGCGAGACCUACCGCCAGCAGAUCAACGCAUGGAAACUGCAACUGGAGCGCGCACGCUUCGACGUCGGCUCCCGCAAGUUCGCCGUCACCUGGGACGGGCGCAAACUAGUCGACCCGCCCCGCCAACAAGUCAGUCUCACCUGCAAUUACUGUACACGACCACUCACGCAGCACGACGCUUCCUCACAACUGACCCCCUCGGUGACGGGCGAAGUUACACACCCGACGCCAGGCAAUCCCCUGGGCAGCGCCGCCAUGUCCGGCACAGUAUGUCCCCGCUGCGGACGCCAUAUGCCACGGUGCGGAGUAUGCACGCUAUGGCUAGGAGCGCCGGACCCGAUGUCCAAGGCUUGUGUGGCGGCAGAUGCGGCGGGACGGCGGCCAUCUGAGACGGAACUGAUGCGGCGGUUUAUAGUGUUCUGCAUCAAUUGCAACCAUGGGUUCCAUGCGCAUCAUGCGCGGGAAUGGUUUGCGCGGCAUAAGCAAGUCACCAUGCCUAAGGGUCGCCCUCCUGCCAGCCGCGCCGUCACGGUGUCCAAAGCACUAAGUCUGCUUCUCCGUCACGCCGCCGAAAAAGAAGGCCUACCGAUAGAUGCACAAGGCUACGCCAAUGUGUCUGACGUGCUAGCAUGGCGCAAACUUAAGUCCCUAAAAGUCACCUUCCCCGAGAUCGUCGACGCCGUCGCCAACUCCGAUAAGAAGCGAUUCGCGCUGCUAUACACCCCAUCUACAUCCCAACCUACACCAACCGCUACAGAACCAACCCCUACAACUACAUCUACAGACCCCACCACAGAAACCGAACCCGAAGUAAAAGAAUCCACUGACACAACCACCACAACCACCGCCCUCGCUGCAACCACCACCGACACCAACCCCACGCACUACCUCAUCCGCGCAACGCAAGGCCACAGCAUCAAGACCGUUGAAGCUGCGCACCUCCUCGAGAAACUCUCCCUCUCCGACAAAGACAAACUUCCGCGCACUGUCGUCCACGGCACAUUCCACUCCGCAUGGCCGGCCAUCUUUUCCUCCGGUGGACUACGCUGCAUGGGCCGCAACCAGGUACAUUUUGCGACAGGGCCAGCAGUGGAAGAUGUGUUGGCGGGAAAUGCGGUGGCGGCGCCGGGACAGGUAAUUUCGGGGAUGCGGAGGGAUGCGCAGGUGUUGAUUUAUGUGGAUUUGGAGAAGGCGUUGAAUGCGGGAUGUCCGUUUUGGAGGAGUGAGAAUGGGGUUAUUCUUAGUGAGGGGAUCAGCAUAAAUCAGAAUGAGGAUGGGAAAGAGGGGGAGAAGGAAGAGAAGGUAGUGCCGUUGGAGUUUGUGGAUGUGGUGGUGGAGCGUAAGAUGGGCAAGAUUUGGGAACGCGGACAGGUGGUGCAGGAGUGGCCGUCGGAAUGGGCGCAAAAGGGGACUAGACAGAAGGGGGGUCCGACGGGAAGGAAUCGUACUUGA